CUUACAUGUUCACCAAACAACAUGGUAUAUCCCUCAAACUAGCUCCACGAGAUUUAUGUCUCUUUCGCUGCCGAUUUCCUUCCAGUGCCAGAUUUACUUCAAGCGAUGUGCCCCCUUCGAUUCCUCAAGUUACCCAAGGGCGCUUAAGGCGACCUCAGAGGGGCGGUCAAAAUCUCACGGAGCGAUACCGCAGACUCGAAAACAGUAUUCGGGGUAAAAACGUACUCGCAAGAGCGACAUACGAUAUCUCCAGGGAUUCUGCUAGCACUUCUGAGUUACAAACUUCGCACAAAUCAUCCGGAAGCGGUGCAUCAGCAAAUACCACUGCAGGAUUCGUUAUGCCGGAAGAGCCGAAGCCUCCUGCAGAUGACGGUGCGUGAAGAUGCGGACGUCCGCGAUUUAGUGUGCUAAUAGCUGGGUUGCAUGGAGUGCUGCAUGUCGGGAUGCGCCGUAUGCGUGUAUGACUUGUACGAGAAAUCUCUUAACGCGUACAAAGAGUCCGUCGCAACGCUAAGGGCUUCUCUCGCUGUACUAUCGAUCCCUGAGAGCAAACGGCCUCUAAGUAUCCGUACGACUUCAUCCCAAUCAUCGAUAGCGAUGAAGCAAAAAGACGUCGUGCUGUCUGUAUUUGAGGAGAUGGAACGUGCUCUAAAGGAGAAGCGAGACAAGUGAGCUGCCGCCGAGGCUGACAGUUACUGUUCCCCUGACUAGGUCGUCGGUUCCGGUGCUGCGGGUAGAGAGAGCGAAGGGUGAGGUUUUGGAAGGCGAUAAGGAAGUGAAGGCUGCUCCAGGAACACUCCGGGACAUACGUAGUCCGAGUUUUACCACUUCGGGCAUGCGAAAUCUAUUUUAC